AUGCUCCGCGCUCCCGAGCGCGCCCGAGCCGGCUGAGCUCGGCGGAAGCGGGCUGAACCUAGCCGAACCGAAUCGAACCGGGCUGAGCUCAGCGGGACCAGGCUGAACCGAGCCGGGCUGAACUCAGCGACACCGGGCUGAACCGAGCCGAACGAGGCUGGGCUGAGCUCAGCGACAUCGGGCUGAACCGAAUCGGUCUGAGCUCAGCGACACCUAGCUAAGCCGAGCCGAACGCGGCCGGUCUGCCUCAUGCAGCGCGGCGGGGCCGAGCCGCUGCUCCGCGCCCCGCGCCGGGAGCGCCCCCGGGACUGAGCCGUACUGCGGGCGAUGCCGCGGCGCGCCCCCGCCGGGAUCGCCGCUCUGUAGCCCACUCCCUCCUUCUCCUGCUGCUCCCACCCGCGGGGCCGAGGCGCGCCUUGCGCGGGGCGGGGGCCGCUGCCGCCCCCCCAGGCAUCCCUCCCUCCUUCUCUCCCUCCCUCCCUGCGCGCCGCCUCCCUCCGUCCCUCCCCGCCGGCUCGAUGGUGUGAGGCAGCGAUGCACAAGCACCACCACUGCUGCAAGUGCCCCGAGUGCUACGAGGUGACGCGGAUGGCGGCCCUGCGGCGCAUGGAGCCCCCCUCCUACGGCGAGUGGCAGCACGAGCAGUACGGGUACGGCGGCUACGGUUCGCAGACGCUGCCCGCGCCCGGGGGCGCCGCGCCCGCCGCCCGCGGCAAGGCUAAAUUGGGGGCCCCCGCCCGCGACCCCGCCGCACUGAAGCCGCCGCCGCCGGGAAAGAGCGCGCCCAAGGUGAACGGGAGUGGCCCGGGAUGGUGGCCCGAGUGCACGUGUUCGAGCCGCGACUGGUACGAGCAGGCCAACCCUGCUCCCAUUAUCGUGAAUACAGACUCGCUGGAACAAGGGCUCUCUGUGAAUGGCAGCGACGGGAUGUUCAAAUACGAGGAGAUCGUCCUGGAGCGGGGGAACUCCGGCCUGGGCUUCAGCAUAGCAGGAGGAAUCGACAACCCCCACGUUCCAGAUGACCCAGGCAUCUUCAUCACCAAAAUCAUCCCUGGGGGAGCAGCAGCCAUGGACGGCCGUCUGGGGGUGAACGACUGCGUGCUGCGAGUGAACGACGUGGACGUGUCCGAGGUGGUGCACAGCAAAGCUGUGGAGGCGCUGAAGGAAGCAGGCCCUGUGGUGCGGCUCGUGGUGCGCCGCCGGCAGCCCCCGCCGGAGACCAUCAUGGAGGUCAACCUGAUGAAGGGCCCCAAAGGCUUGGGAUUCAGCAUUGCAGGGGGCAUUGGGAACCAGCACAUUCCUGGGGACAACAGCAUCUACAUCACCAAGAUCAUCGAGGGCGGUGCUGCCCAGAAGGAUGGGCGCCUGCAGAUCGGGGACCGGCUGCUUGCGGUCAAUAACACCAACCUGCAGGACGUGCGGCACGAGGAGGCAGUGGCUGCCCUGAAGAACACCUCUGACAUGGUGUACCUGAAAGUGGCCAAGCCUGGCAACAUCCACCUCAACGACAUGUAUGCGCCCCCCGACUACGCCAGCACCUUCACAGCCUUGGCUGACAACCACAUAAGCCAUAACUCCAGCCUGGGCUACCUGGGCAGCGUUGAGGGAAAGCCUGCCUACCCCGUCCCUCCCCAGGUGACUCCGUCCCGCUACUCGCCCAUUCCUCGGCAUAUGAUGGGGGACGAGGACUUUACCAGGGAGCCCCGGAAAAUCAUCCUGCACAAAGGCUCCACUGGCCUGGGCUUCAACAUUGUCGGAGGGGAAGAUGGUGAAGGCAUCUUCGUGUCCUUCAUUCUGGCUGGAGGCCCUGCUGACCUCAGUGGGGAGCUGCGGAGAGGAGACCGCAUCCUCUCGGUGAACGGCGUGAACCUACGCAACGCCACGCACGAGCAGGCGGCGGCGGCACUGAAGCGAGCGGGACAGACGGUGACCAUCAUCGCGCAGUACCGGCCCGAAGAGUACAGCCGCUUCGAGUCCAAGAUCCACGACCUGAGGGAGCAGAUGAUGAACAGCAGCAUGAGCUCCGGCUCCGGCUCGCUGCGGACGAGCGAGAAGAGAUCUCUCUAUGUGCGAGCCCUGUUUGACUACGACCGGACCCGGGACAGCUGCUUGCCGAGCCAGGGGCUCAGCUUCUCCUACGGGGACAUCCUGCACGUCAUCAACGCCUCGGACGACGAGUGGUGGCAGGCCAGGCUGGUGACGCCCCACGGCGAGAGCGAGCAGAUCGGCGUCAUCCCCAGCAAGAAGAGGGUGGAAAAGAAGGAGAGAGCGCGGUUGAAAACGGUGAAGUUCCACGCCAGGACUGGCAUGAUUGAGUCCAACAGGGCGGGCAGAACGAAACGUAAAAAGAGUUUCCGCCUCUCCCGAAAGUUUCCCUUUUACAAGAGCAAAGAGAACCUGGCCCAGGAGAGCGGCGGACAGGAACAGGGCGUGACAUCAAACACCAGUGACAGCGAGAGCAGUUCCAAAGGACAAGAGGACACCAUCCUGUCAUACGAGCCAGUGACACGACAAGAAAUUCACUACGCCAGGCCAGUGAUCAUCCUGGGGCCGACCAAGGACCGCGUCAACGACGACCUCAUCUCCGAGUUCCCACACAAGUUCGGCUCCUGCGUGCCCCACACCACCAGGCCUCGGCGCGACAACGAGGUGGACGGGCAGGACUACCACUUCGUCAUCUCCCGCGAGCAGAUGGAGAAGGACAUCCAGGACAACAAGUUCAUCGAGGCUGGGCAGUUCAACGACAACCUCUACGGCACCAGCAUCCAGUCCGUGCGGGCGGUGGCAGAGAGGGGGAAGCACUGCAUCCUGGAUGUGUCUGGCAAUGCUAUCAAGAGGUUGCAACAAGCACAACUUUAUCCCAUUGCCAUCUUCAUCAAACCAAAAUCUAUUGAGGCUCUCAUGGAGAUGAACCGGAGGCAGACGUACGAGCAGGCCAACAAGGUCUUUGACAAAGCCAUGAAACUGGAGCAAGAGUUUGGAGAGUAUUUCACAGCCAUCGUACAAGGAGACUCUCUUGAGGAGAUUUACAGCAAAAUAAAACAGAUCAUUGAGGACCAGUCCGGGCACUACAUCUGGGUCUCAUCCCCAGAGAAACUCUGAAGACGUCCCCCAGCUGCUUCCCUGUGAGCUGAAGAUCUGAAGUCCCACCCCCACCCCUGCCCUCUGCCCCGAGGGGGGAGGAGCAAACUCUUCCUGCCCUUUUUUAGAUCGUCACACAAUUGAGUUUUCUAGUCCUGUUUCUUUUGUCGGGAUGAGCUCCUUCAUCACGUGACUGUUCCCACCCUGCAUGGACCUUCCCACUGCUCCAUUAGAGACAGAUCAGAACCCAUUCAAAGUCGUUUUUUAUUACUACUAUUAUUAUUAUUAUUAUUAACUGAACCAAGACUGAGGAUGGGAGGAGGCGGCUGAGGACCUGACUAAGGAACAAGUGAAGCAGGGGACUCUGAGGACAUGAGCGAGGAUCAGAGCUCCAGGGGCGUUCCUGCAGGGGUGCCUGGCUGGCAGCUCUGCAGAGUGCAGCAGGAAGGCAGCAGAAGGCAUUUUAUUUAUCUGUAUAUGUAAUUUAUAUAUAAUAUAUAGAGAGAUAUUAUAUAUAUAUUAUAUAUAUCUAUGGAUGUGGGCUAGGCAAGCCUGGGCACCUCUCCUACAAGGUACUUCUUACUGCAGUGGCUCGCGGUCUCUGUGCCAGCCGCCGGGCAGAGGGAGUCCGCUUGGGUGGGCAGAGCUCAAAACGGUACCAGGUGCUUUGGCAGCAUCUCCAGUUGUGGCCAGCCUCCUGCCAGCCACCCCGGGCUCUGUGAGGCAGGGCAGAGGCUGGUGCCUGCCCGGGCGGAAGGGACCAGAGGUCCAGAGUGAGGCAGCAAGGCGCAGCGGCUGCUCUGCGUGAGGCUGGGAGGCAGGGGCAGCAGGAGGCUGCAGAGCAAGGCAGUGGCUGAUGCUAUAUAUUAAAUUGCACAUUGUUUUCCACACCACCUUCUGUGUUUGCAUGAGAGGGUUUCUUUUGGUUCUAUUUUUUUAAGCUGAUUCAAAACCAAAUCCAUGUUGUGUUGCUGUGUUGGCCUUUUUGCUUUACUGUUUUUUUUGGUUGGUGGUUGGUUGUUGGUUUGGGUUUGUUUGGGGUUUUUUUUCCCCCCCUUAUUCCAUUUUUCUCUUGUUAAUAAUGAAUUGAAUGAGUAUAAAAUCCAGUUUUUUAACUUAGUUUUUAAGCUGGCUCUCUUGUAAAUAGAAUCUGGAACUGUGGUGUUUAAUGAGGAAACACUCUGCUGCCCGCACGGACCAAAUGUAGCUGCUGUCCUGUCUUGCUGUGGCCCUGGAGCUGUGGGGGCAGGCUGAAGGGGCUUGGGCAGCAUGCUGGCAUUCCCUUCCUCACCAGCCACGGGCAGGAGCAGCCCCAGCUGUGCCUUGCAUGGACCCUCACACUUGUCCAAGUGAACAGCCUUGCUCCACACCAGAUCCCAGUCUUGCCUGCAGCUGGGGGUGGCCUUCCCAGCUGCUCUCUUCCCAGCACAGCGGGGACCUCACUGCCUGCUCAGAGAGCUGGGGCCUGGCAGGUGAAGGUGCAGCUGCCUCACUUGGGUCUAUCUCUGGCAUCUCUGCAUAAAUUCUCCUUCUGAAGCUGGGCUUUGCUCCCUCUCUCAGGGUCACCUUAGUCUGAAUCCAGCAGCCUGUACUUGCAGGUCUGGGGCAAGGGGCUGCAGAGCUGCAGCUGGCUGCUCUGCACUGGGGCUCUGAGCAGGGCAGCCAUUGGUGCUGAGAAAUGUCAUUGGCUUCCACACUUGCUCCACCAUGGAACCAGUGCCUUGUGUGAACCUAGGGGGGAGCUUGCACAGCUCUGCUGAGAAGGAGCUGUGCUGCUAGGUGUGGUGGUUUUAGGUUACUUAGAGCACAGGCAGAAGAGCUCUCCCACCACACACAAUUGGUAGAUGCUGUUCUCAGGCAGUGCCAAGCUCCACAACAAAGGAAGUCACCAUAGGAGCAUGAGCAGGUAAGUCCUGGCCCAUUCUCCCUCCCCCUGUUUUAUAGGGAUAAGUGAGCAGGUAGGGUGCUGGUUCCCUGCCCUGAAGGAAGCUCUGUGCCAGCUGCUGUGGUGCACACAGACUGUGGGUUUCAGUGCCAAGAACUGCUGUAAGACUCUGUGCACUGCCUGCUGAGAAGCUGUCUGCUCAUUACGAGGAGCCCUGCAGGGACAGAGCAGCUUCCUGGGACAGAGCAGUGCUGCAGAAGAGAUGCUGCCAUGGUGGAGGGCAGGAAGGAGCCUGCUGUCCGUGGGACCAACCCUAAAGGAGUGAACUUUUGCCAAUGGAUUCCUGUUCAGCACCCAGGCCCCUGCCCUGCUGGUCCUGCUCUGGCUGCUGCAGACAUCAGUUCCUUGGAGAAGUGGAGUAAGUUGAAGCAAGAGCACUUCAGGUGCUGGUAACUCCAUCCCUGUCUUUUUUCUGCUCUUUUUUCCUGGUAGCCUGUCUCCCCUCAGCCAGUGCCAUGGGGACAGCUGCUGCUGCUCUCGCUGGCACUGGCUGGGUACCAGGCUUUCUUCCAAGGAGACUUCUAUUUUUAAUAAACAGAGUU